CGGGGUAAUAGUAGUACUAAUAUAACUGUGAGGAAUGGAGUAGUCUCACCGGCCGCAUUAGGGGCGGCAAGCUGAAGCAGCUGCUAGGUGCCUAGCUAGCUGUGGUAUCAUUUGCAGCGUUCGUACCGUCGGCCGGCCGGAGGGCAAAAGCUAAAAAGCUAGGUGAACGAAGGAGAGCUAGCUAGCUAGGAAGGAAGAGGGUCGACUCGAGGCAUGGCCGGCAGGUGGAAGCACGACAACCCGUUCGAGGAGGGCGACGGCGGAGACGUCAACCCUUUCUCGGUACGUACGUACGUAACUCACGCGGCGUUGCAUCGACGCCCAACUCCGCUCCCUCCUGAACCAGCUGGUUUCUACAAUGACAUUGGUGCAUCGUCUGUAGAUAUCCCACUUGAUACAAAAAAGGACCUCAAGAAAAAGGAGAGAGAACUUAUGGCUAAAGAGGCUGAGCUAAAUAGGAGGGAACAGGAAAUAAAAAGAAGGGAAGAAGCUCUUGCGAAAGCUGGAGUUUUAAUAGAGCCCAAAAACUGGCCACCGUUCUUCCCCGUCAUUCAUGUUGACAUUUCAAAUGAUAUACCCGUGCACUUGCAGCGAGUGCAGUAUGUUUCUUUUGCGUCACUCCUAGGGUUGGUCAUAUGCCUCUUCUGGAACAUUUUAUGUGUAACUGCUGCUUGGAUUACAGGAAAUGAUCCUAGGAUCUGGUUUCUGGCAGUCAUAUACUUCAUUACCGGAUGCCCAGGUGCCUACUUUUUAUGGUACCGACCUCUUUAUCGCGCGAUGAGAAAGGAUAGUGCGUUCAGCUACGGGUGGUUCUUCCUGUUCUACUUUUUUCACAUCGCUUUCUGCAUAUACGCUGCUGUUUCUCCGCCGUUCUUUUACGUGGGGAGAUCAUUGGCCGGAAUCUUUCAGUCGAUCGACGAGAUAGGCAGGCACGCUGGCGUUGGGAUAAUGUACUUCAUGGGCUUCGCGUUGUUCGUGCUGGAGUCACUGCUCAGCAUCUGGGUUUUCCAGAUAGUGUACCGAUUCUUCCGCGGGAAAGGUAGCGAGGCGCAGAUGAGGCCUGACGCCGCGUCUCGUGCGCCGCCGUUCUGAUCGAAUAUGCCUUCCCGGGCUUUUCCUCCCCCCCGCCCCGCUAGCUAGCCCGGAACCAGGAGAGAAGAAGAGGAACGAAGCAUAUGUGAAUUCAAGUUUUGUGUGAUGACCGAGUGAACUCUGAUUCUGUACGCUUGCAGUUUCUGCCUUGUGGGCCGGGGUUGUUCCUUCCUUAUUCGGAAACGAAACUGAAAUGCCGCUGUGUGUCUGUGUUGUUCUGUUGGUCGAGUGGCGGCAGGAUUUCAGGCAAUGGCACAUGUUGGGGUCAUCUGGAAAAACUUUGUGUGUAGUAUGGUUGUUAUGCUAGCCGAGCGAGCCAAUGUGGCUGUUGUCACUUGUCAGGUUUGGUCGUUUUUUUUUUUUUUGAUUUCUUUCUUGUAAACUGGUAUCCCGCGUUUGGGUCAUGGCUGUUAAACAUUGUGACUUAGCUUUCUUAAAGCUG